AGAGGGGGGCUGGAGAGGGGGAAAGAGAAGGUCUCGAAGUUCUUGGGAGGUGGCCUGGGUCCGAGGCCCCCGGAUGGUCCGAGGCCCCCCGGAUGGCCCGAGGUGGGACUCUGGGUUCGAGGCCGGCCAUCGCCAACCAGCACUGGGCCUCACUCUGGGCACAGCCGGCCGGGCCUCAGUUUCCCCCCGGCGUGGAUCGCGGGGCCUAGUGUCCUGGAAACCACGUGGUCAAAGGGCUGAGCCGUGUGGCCAGACAAGAGAGGCCCCCACCCCUGCCCAGGGAGCUCUGCGGUUCUCAUGGGAGCCAUGAAGUUGAAUGAGAGGAGUGUGGCCCACUAUGCACUGAGCGACUCCCCGGCAGACCACACAGGCUUCCUGCGCACCUGGGGAGGCGCAGGGAUGCCACCCACCCCCAGUGGCGCUGGCCGAAGGUGCUGGUUUGUCCUCAAGGGCAACCUGCUGUUCUCCUUUGAGAGUCGAGAGGGCCGGGCGCCUCUGAGCCUCGUGGUGCUGGAGGGCUGCACGGUGGAGCUGGCCGAGGCUCCAGUGCCUGAAGAGUUUGCCUUUGCCAUCCGCUUCGACGCUCCUGGGGUGCGCCCACACUUGCUCGCGGCAGAUGGGCCGGCGGCCCAGGAGGCCUGGGUGAAGGCGCUGUCCCGGGCCAGCUUUGGCUACAUGCGCCUGGUGGUGCGAGAGCUGGAGAGCCAGUUGCGUGAAGCCCGCCACAGCCUGGACCUGCACCGCCGCUCAUCCUGGAAGGCCGUUUCCAGCCGCUGCAAGCCCCAGGCUCCUGACCGCUGGUCUCCUGGCCUGGAGAACGGCCACUCCCUCUCCAGAGACUGCAGCCCAAUGGGCUUGGUGGAAGAAGUGGGCAGCCGGCCAGCAGGGCGGGGCUUGGCCGAGUGGGAGCUGCAGGGCCCUGCCAGCCUUCUCCUAGGCAGGGGGCAGAGCCCCGUGUCCCCUGAGACCUCCUGCUUCUCUACCCUGCAUGAGUGGUACGGCCGGGAGAUUAUGGAGCUGAGGCGGGCCUGGCUGCAGAGGGCCCAGGAGAACCAGCCAGAAUGCAAGGACCAGGACAGACCCUGAGCCUGGGCCCUUCGGGUUCAGCCCUUGUCCUGCUGGUCAGGACGCCAGGGCCAGUGCUUUUUCAGCAGUUUAAGGUUUUACAGGUUCUUUUUUUUUUUUUUUUUUAACGGGUUUCUGAAGUUGCUUUUGAAGUGAGCACUUUCCUUCCUGCUUUUUUAGGUUUUUCCCCCAGGUUCCAAGUCCACCUUCAUACCUAGAGGGAACUGCGAAAUCAUUAACUUUCAACCCAUUUAUUUCCUGAGGCCCAGAGAGGAGAGGUGGCUUGCUCAGCAGUCACAAGGCAAGACUCAGGUCUGCUGACUGUGCUGGACUGUCCCUCUCUCAGGGGAUUUAAUGAAGUGGGUAAUAUCACAUGACCACAGGUCACUCCGCCUUCACCUGUACGAUUCUACAGUUUCCAACAUGGGGAAUCUUGUGUAAAUACCCGAAGUUGCCUGCAGUGUUGGCUUGAGGGACUGACACUGUCAGAAAAAGUGGAUUUACUGUGUCACAGGGGUUUCUGGGGCCUGGCUCCUCCUGAGUGGUGAGAAGUUUGAACAUGGGACCCCUAUCCUGCAAUGAAGACAGGGCCCUUUGGAGAGAGAGGGCCUUUAGCUAGUAAAGAGGGAUUUAUCCUGAUUAGAAAGUGUUAGGGCCCCUCUUCUUUCCCUGGCUGCCCUGUCAGCAGAUGGUGCUGGUCACUGCCCCAGGAGGGGCCAGUAGCUUUUCUGUUAGCAGAAACUCUGUCCUCAACUGCCAAGUGGGAAGCUGAAGUGGGCUCCCUGGGAAAGUCAGUGACUUUGAAUUUCAGUCCUGGGCAUUUUAGGAGCUUGGACAUAGGAUUCCUGGCACCCUGUGAUCAACUCUUCUCUCUUGACUGGGUCCCUAAAGGUAUUCCCGAUCCAGAAACCCCUAGGAACUCCUUCAGUCUUUCUUAUUACCCAGCAUGUAUCUGCCAAGACCCUCUGGUUUCUGCUGUCACCAACAUGGUGCCAAGCAUUUUCUUUACCAGUUGUUCUGAGAGGCAAAGUGACUGGGUAGACAGGGCCAGUGGCCGAUCAGCCUGGCAUCCUAAGGAUUCUGGUAGCAGCAGCUGGACGGAAGAUUCAGAGCCUGGUCCAGUAUACACAAUCUCUCCCUUAGCCUCUUUCCCUCACUGGGGUUUUAUGAGACCUGACGAGGGGCCAACUAGGCCUAGAGUCUUCAGCUUAAGAGCCUCUUUCAGUCCAGGAGGCUGCGAUGCUGCCCAGGGUCCAGGACCUGCUCCAAGGAAGCUAGGUUUGUUUCCUAAGAAGAGGGGCUACCUUCCUAGCCCUGUUUGGGAGCCCCACAGCCUGUAUCUCUUGUUUUAUACGCAGAUAUUAUAGGGUUUUUGGUUAUAUUUAUUGUUACAGUGCUUUUUAUACGAUUAAAACACCAUGUUUAUUACUUGUAUUGGUUCCUUUUUAGCAGUUUGUGUGAAAGCCCCCAUCCCCCCCUUUUCAGAUAUAUAUUCCCCCUUUUCAGAUAUAUUUUCCAUUUCGUUGUACAUAACAUAUACCGUGGCAUGAAAUAAAUUUCCAAAAUCAUUUCAGUAGCACAAGUAAUAAAUUUGAACUGUAUUUUUUAAGUGUUUAAAAAAUACGACAGUUUGAAGUUCAAUUAAACUGGUCUUUCAUUUCAGUAACUCCCUGCUCGGCCAAGCCCUGGUUGUCCUGGGUGCGGGAACAAUAACAGAAAUCUGCAAGUUUCACAAGAACAACCCCAGUCAGAUGGUCCCACCCACCAAGCCUGGAAUGAGGGGUAUACCCGGGCCUUGGCGUCAUCCUCGUGACGUCACCAUGUGCCGCAGCAGGAACUAGGCACACUGCGCAAGUCUGUGAGCCGGACCUCUCGUUUGCUAUCUACAGACUCGCGAGGCUUGGGCGGCGUUCUUCCUGAGGGUGUCACUGGGGCCGGGCAGUGGGGUACUGGGGCCCGGACUAGGGGCGGAGCUGGGAGAUGGCGUCAGGAGCGGCUCGAUGGCUGGCGUUGGUACGCGUCGGAUCUGGGGCUUCCCGAAGCGGGCUGAGCCUGAGGAAAGGUGGUGAUGUCUCCGCCGGACGGAGCUGCUCAGGUCAGAGUCUGGUACCGACGAGGUCGGUCAUCGUUACUCGCAGCGGCGCCAUUUUGCCCAAACCGGUGAAAAUGUCCUUUGGCCUUCUCCGCGUGUUCUCCAUUGUGAUCCCCUUUCUCUAUGUUGGGACACUCAUUAGCAAGAACUUUGCUGCUCUACUUGAGGAACAUGACAUUUUUGUUCCAGAGGACGACGACGAUGACGACUGACAGGGCCUGGAGGAAGGACAGAAAGGAGAAAGCCCUAACUUAAGAAAUGGUGAUGCUUGCAGCCUCUCCUCCUUUCCCAUCCAUAGAUGGGCCCGGGGAAAGCCCUCAGCCUCCCAGUCCCAGUGAAGACCCCUGCAUGGUCUGUGACCACAGCCCAAAUCCCCAGGCUCUGGGAGGUUCCUGGAGAUGUGCUGUCCACUGAGCAUAAUCAGAUUAUGAAAAAACAAAAUAAACAUCAGCUCUGUGUGAAGAUG